UUUAUACUACACAGAGAGAAAUUUAUACUAUAUAGGAGAGAAGUAAAUAAUAGUUGAUCGAUUGGUGGAAAAUGGUGGGGACAAGAGUAAUUCUUGUCCGCACUUCGUCACAUACAUCUCAGACCUUGCUAAGAAAUGAAGAACAUCAAAAGUGAUUAUUUCAGUCUAAAUAAGAUUCUUUUGCUCGUUAUUGGCUUGUGGCCAUACCAACAAUCAAAUUUCGCUCGAUUUCAAUUUAUUCUUCUAUCUAGUAUUCUGACGACAAAUGUUAUAUUUCAGUACAUAAUAUUGCUCUUACAAAGAUGGACUCCAGAUUUCACUAAAGAUCUAGCUUCCAUAUUUAUGUUUACUCUCUUUAUGAUAAAAUAUAACAUGUUCUCUGUUAAAGCUAUAAAGGAUUUAAUGGAACAACUACUGCAUGUGUGUAAUGAAUUAAAAGAUGAAAAAGAAAUUGCUAUUAUAGACGCUUAUGGAUGUAGCGGCAAGCGUUAUACUAUUGCACUUACAGUACUUGUCGUUUUUACCAUAUCGACUUUUAUCGUUAUGUCAUUUUGGUCGGAUAUUUUGAAGGUUUUUUUAUCGACAAACACAUCAAGAUCAUAUAACUUGAUCAUAACGAAGCAUUUAAUCGAUCAAAAAAACUAUUUUUAUUUGAUACUGCUGCAUAAUGUUAUAUCAUUUUCCAUCGGACUAACCGCAUCAUUAGCAAUAGGAACAAUGUUUUUUACGUAUCUUCAAUACGUUUGUGGGAUGUUUAAAAUUGCCAGUUACCGUAUCAAACAAGCAAUGAACGUUGACAUGCUGCGAAAUCAAAAAAACAUUUUGAUAUUAAAGAGUUUAAUUUACGCUGUGAAUAUUCAUCGACAAGCUAUAAAAUUGUCUAAACACUUACAAUACAGUUGCGAAACAAUGAUGUUCUAUUUAAUAGCAUUUGGAGUAAGCUCAGUGAGCCUCAAUCUGUUUCGAGUAUAACGUUCAGUGGUAUAUAGCUCCAUUGCAUAUACAGAGAAUAAUAUUAUUUCUGUUACAAAGGAACUCGAAAAGUUUUACUUUGAGCGUCGGUGGACUGUUCGUUGCAUCUAUAGAGUGCUUUGCUACGCUAGUGAAGACCUCAGUAUCUUAUUUUACAGUCAUAUAUUCUACACGAUGAUGAAAUUGUAAUAAUUUGAAUUGUAAA